UGGUGUUCACAAAGAUGCAUCGAUCUCGACGCUUUAGGAGAAGCAAUAGCAUUAUUUUCUGUAGAUGGUCAUGAAAAAUUUAAAUAUUUAGAAGAUUAAUUUCAAUGUAUUAGUUUUGUUUUUUCCUUAAACAUACGUUGUAGAACAACAGCAGCUGUGCCGAGAAACGCUGUGGAGUAGCUAAACAGGUUGGCACCAUCGAUCGCAGGCGACAAUUUCAGGUUGAAAGAAACUGUCUACUUCAUAUAGUUCCUGCCAGUGAUCGCAUGCCACCAAAUAUUUGGGCGGCUGGUGUGUCGUCUGCUACCACAACUUCAGGAAGUGGUUUAAGAGCGGAGAAUUCACUGAGAAAAAUUCGUAUUGAUUCCGGCUAUAGCGAGAGAUGUGUUGUGGUUCAGAAAACCGUCGUAUAUAAUAGUGAAAUUUAAAACAGAAAAAAGGAUAAAUGAACACAAAUUUAUACAUGGGAUAUUAAAACACGAUGUGUCGAUAAUUAUGCCGAUCCACAAUACCCUGUUUUAAGGAUUAUACCAGGAAGGAACCUUUCAAACGGAUUUAUGUGGAGAAAAACAUGCUGGGGACCUAUUCUCGUCGUGUGUGUAACUUGGAAUUGUGCUGUGCUCUGGAUUACACAUCGCUAUGAUAGAAAUGAUAACAACGACCUAACAACGUAUAAAUAAACAGUGUGAAAUACUUCAUUCGCAAAAAUGUCAUCGUCAUCGUCUUCAUCUUCAACACAAACGAGAAAAAUAUCAACUACCGAUCGGAAAGGUGUCCAAUCCCUGUUUAUACCGGCGGUGCCCCAGAUCGUCCUGAACGCGGACGAGAAGGCAGAUGCCAGUUCUACUAAUACAAUACCCCAUUCUCGAUCAGCCGGUGAAUUGGCUACGUGUAUGGCCGGUGGGUCCGGAGCUUCAAGCAAAUCUUCAAGUGGAAACGCCAUUAAUUGUAAUGGGAAAGAAGCAGAGCCUAGAAAUGUUAUAGAUAUAUACUGUUCUCCUAGACUUCCGAGACGGUCUUUCCAUCAAUACGGAAAUCACAGUAGCCAUUGUGACGAUGACUCGAAUUGGCUGGAAUCGUAUGACCCCAACACGCUCCCUACUAAACUUGGCCCCGGAAGUCGUGUCGGAAGUGCUGUUUCCCUUACUAGUGAGUAUACGGCUCGUAGUGUGGGUCUCAUAUCUAACGAUUCUUCGUCUGAUAGCACACAGUUUUCGGACAAACUGGAGAUGAUAAAGCAAAAACAGAGUCUGCUGAGGCGAUACGUAUCAAAUCCCGAAAAACCAAACGAUAUUUACGAAACUCAAGUUCAAAGGUGUACUAAAUCUGUAAAUAAUUUACAUAAUGAAUGUGGACAACAAUUGUUUGUCAAUCAAAGCAAUUCUAAUACGGACGGAAGUUUUCCUGACUUGGGUUCCCUAGCUGGGGUCGAGAGGGAUCUAUCAAAAGUCAGGACGGGCUACGAGGAGUCGGACGAUGGUUUUUCAUCGUCUAUGGUUACUAUGGUUACAGACGAGUUGGCUGUGAAAGAAGGAAGGGUUCGUCAGUGGCUAACGGAAAUGGGUUCCACCAAUGAAUAAUAUCUUCCGGUUUAGUAAAAAUGUUAUUUUCAGGAACAUUGUCUUAUAUGUCCCCCUUUCAUGUUUUGUUUUCAGCUGGGCAAAUAAUUUGCUGAAAUUUGUUUUAAAAUUGGAUAUAUUUUAAAACGUUAUAACUACAAAUGUUGGUAUAUGUAUUUUUGGAUUGUAUGCUGUUACACCUUCACGAUUUCACAGUGUUCUGUUUUCCUCAUUGUUCUCUUGUGAUUUAAAAAAUGGAAAUGCA